AUGGACUUUCUCGAUGUGCCAUCUAUGUUCGAGGACGCUCUGAGGCAACUUGCUUCGAAUCCAUGCUUCGCGUACCUACCAGAUCCUACUCAGACUGAGAUACCUCUUGCAGGAUCUCAUGCCACACCCGUACAAUAUGCAGAAGAGCUAGGAACUGAUCCAUUGCAACUUGACACCAACAAUAAAGAGGUUUUCUGGGAUGCUGCACCGUUGGCCGAAGACCCACAACAGGACUUUUCCUCGACUUUGUGGCCCCUUUCGCUUAUUGAUAGUCACGUCGACUUGGGCUCGACAUUGGAUUCUCCAGCAGAGCUUUGGACCACUAGGGAAACCGACAGAACAGCUCCAUUCUUUCACCCAUCCAACAUAGAUUCUCCAGAUGUUUACGAAUCAAGGACAGGCCUCAACACAAUCGAUGAAGAGCUCGAUAGCACGGCGGAGACUCUUAACCUCAAUAUUUUUCAAGGUUCUCUGGGGUUGGAAACACUGUGCAAUCAGACUCUAUCUUCGAGCUCGCAGCACAUCAUUACGAACCAGGACUACGGACAACCUUCGCAUACCAGCAAUACCAUAUGGCAGCCUCUGACCUCGCCUUCUAUCAACGAAAGUUGUAUUCCUUCCCAAACAAAGCAGCAUUCUUCAGCAGAAGAAUCGUCCUUCGUUCUUGUAAAAGUUGACAUAGAGGUGUCGAGGGCUGGCCAAGGAUCUACUAUUACGCCACCACCUCUGAAUGAUCUCAUAUCCAACUUCGAAUCCAACCCGUCUUCUCCUCUUCCGAAACGUUCGAGAAGACCGUUUACCGAGAUUGGGAAGACAAAAGUCAAACAAGUCAGGGUUAGUGGAGCGUGUGCAUUCUGUAGAGCGCGGAAAGUCCCAUGUACACCAACCGGAGCAUGCACUGCAUGUGUCAAACUGGCCUCUGGAAAUCCGUUAGCAGACCACAUCUGUGUACGUACGAAGUUAAGGGAUACAUUCGUUGGCGUUAGAGCCCUUCAUGGUAGCAGCUUCGAUAAUCGCAGAGCUAGACUUACGCCACUGCUGUCGUCACUCACUGGGCAGCCCAGACCAAUCCAAUUCUCAGUCGAAAGGUAUGAUGACCACGAUUCUGUACCUUUCAGGAAUAAUGAUCAUCAUAUUCGAACCUUGGCUAGCUUAGAUAUCAAGGUAAUGCAAUGCAGUGCACCGUCUUUAUGCCGCUGGAAGCGAUUGACCAAGGUUCGGGGGAUCUACAUCACAUCUGACAUCUUCGAUGGUCAACGAUAUGUCAUUGUACCUUCGUCUUUACCUAGCAUCGAUGAAUUCGAUCGAUUCGGGCGGAAGAUUCUCUUGGCAUCUGAUGGAGGACAUUCUGGAAACCUUACUUUAUUACUCGAUCAAUUCUUGACAGCUUAUUGUGCAAGGCAGCACAAUACUGAAGUACGUGCCAUAGCAAAUCUGACCUCAAGAAUCGCAAGUCUCAACAACCUAGUGGCUUAUGGUUUUCUGAAUCUUCGAGAUGGCAGCUAUGAUCUGCUUGAACAGCUUCCUUCAGAGAAUCAUCCCAGCCAAAGGUACAUAUCCGAGACAGUCCACGAUCAAAUUCGCCUGCUUGCAGCUGAAGGACUUGAACCGGCUGAAAAGAUAGUUUUUCAUGCGCUAGACGAUAUUAAUAAGUACAUCUGUGGUCACGAACAUGCUAGAAUGAUCAUCGGGAUUUGCCUCUUGAGAUUAAUGCUGCUGUAUAGAGAUCGGCUGGUGAGAGACGAGAUCAGGCUGAGUUUACCAAAACAAAAGAAAUGGCAUCAAUAUCGACUAGAGAAGGCAUCUUUCAUGUACAGAAGAUUGACAGUCACUUAUGGUGCUCUUUGCCGCGAGUAUGAUACUCCAUUGACCAUGCAGUGGGAAGAUGAGGAUUACCUUGGAUCUAACGGGCCGGACGGGCUCAAAGAUGUUUACCUGAAGCUACAGCCUGCCUUUCGUGAAUUCUGCAACAAGAAAUUGUCACUGCAAUACGACGACGUUCUCAAGAUCUUGCUUGCUAAUCCAACAAAGCAGCAAAAGGCAAAGAAGCGAAGAAAGACUUGUCGCUGA